AUGGACUGGCAUCUUAAUUUAUUGUCAUUAUUGGUCUUAAUGCCAUUUGUUUAUAGUUGGAGUCCCAUACCCAGUACCCGCAGCAGCCGAAGUUUUUAUGGAUCACAAAAACAAUUCCAACAACAACCAUAUCAACGCCAAAGAAAUGCAGUUUCGCCAUAUUUAGAUUUAGUUUUAUGUCCCAUACGAGAACAGCCCUGGUCAUGUGCACGCCAGCAAUCGGCACGUCUAUUGGACAUUUGGGAUGGUGAAUUACACACUCAAUGGCAAAAGUUGAAAGCUGAAGCCGAUCGACAAUUGAACUCCACUUUGGAGAGACGUGGCUACAGUGACACCACAACUCUGAGCAAAGAAAAACCUUCGACAAUUUUAAAGAAAAUUGAAAUUGGCACCAAUUAUAUGAAAGAGUAUUUGGCCGAAACAAUGGAUGGAUUUUUGGGACGUGAAUAUGAGUAUUUACAAAAUACAAAAAAUACUUUCCAAACACAAAACGAGGAAGAAAAUGAAGAACAGGCUGAAGAAUAUGAAGAGGGUGAUGAUGACGAAGAAGAGGAAGAGGAGGAAGAUGAACAGGAAAACAAUGAUCAUGCUAAUCAGCAAACGGGAGAUUUGAAAAAUAGCAACAAUGUAGCAGAAAAUUCAAAUAAUCUUAGCCAUGAUAAUGACAAUGAUGCUGAGUUCAUAGAAAUCGAAGAGGGAGAAGAAAAUAAUGAAGAUAAUGAUCAAGAAAAUAACGAUGCCGUUGAAGAGCUAAAGAAACCUGGAGGUGGCAAUAAGCGACGUAAAAAGAAAAAGAAGAAGGGCAGCAGCCAACAUGAUGUUGGCACACAGGCUGCUAAUCUAUUGAUCAUACAACCAUUAGAACAUCAAUUAGCAUCUCAGCAUCAUGAUGAUGGUCAUGGAGCGACACAGCUGUUAAAGCCACUUGCCCAGAAAAUCAAACCAUCAAAACAAAAGAAACGCAAACGAAAGAAGGGUCAACAUGGUGGAGGUCAUGGCGGCGCUACUUCUACGUUUGUGGUCGAACAAGAACCGGCUUCGGAUCAUUUCGGCUUGGGUUUACUCGAAGAAUUGGUCGAUCUGGAUGGUGGUGAUGUGGGUGGAAAGCGCAAGAAAAAACAUCCAAUGAAAUAUGGUAGAAGUAAUGGAGUGACUCGCGGCAAGAAAAAGAAGAAGAAGAAGGCUUUAAUGAAACUGAUGCUUUUGGGCUCUUUUCUUAAGGCCAAAAUCGAAUUGUUGCUGAAAUUGCUGGGUGCCCAUUUACAAAUAAAAUUCUUUGCCAUUGCUCUUAUUGGUCUGCUGAUCAAUAUUGCCCGCUUCUGGAUUGAUGUUAAACGUGGUGGUGUACCACAGAAGGUUGUUUAUGUUGAACAUGCACAUCAUCAGCAUCACUAUGAAGACCAUGGCGAUGACUGGAGUGAAUCGGCGGGCGGAGGUGGUGGCGGCGGCUAUUGGAAGAGAUCUCUGCAAACGGAUUCCACGGAAAAUACCUACGAUUCGGUAACCGAUAGCUAUCAACCCAAACCCCUGCAGCCACAACCACAACAAUACGAUCCACAAUAUAUGGCAUAUCGUAGCCAAUGGCAACGAAAGUGA